AAAUAGUUUUUAAAUAACAAAUAAAGAGAAAGAUUUUGAUGUUUAAGGUAAGAUUAUUUAAGUUUUUAAACAGUGUGAAACCACCGUCCACACUGUAAUCACGUGACUCCAGCAGCCACAUCGCCUGGUGGGAUAAAGUUACCUCUCUCUCCCAAUCUCUCUCCCCUGUUUCCUUUGCAUCGUCCGUCAGUCCCUGUGGUCGAUCUAAUUCUGUCAGAGCUGGUGGAGGAGGAGAGGGGGGGCAGGCUGCUCUAUCUACCACCUCAGCCCCAACCAGGCAAAGGGCAAAGACACUGACCGCCUCAACUUGGUCUCUGUCUGUCUCCGCAGCCUCAUCCACUGGGACGGAAGUCGGGUAUCUGGACCACCUCACAGUCAUCUGGACCCAUUGAGAGUUUCUGACUUCUGGAACAAGAAAGCAAAGUGCAGAUUUAAGUCCUGAGAAUGGAAGAAGAGGUGUAGAGUUACCAGUGGUGGCCAAAGGGUUCAAGUUUUCCACAUAUGCUCAGCACUGGCCAUUCACAUGACGCUGCUGGAUUGGAAUUAAAGACUGGGAUUAAAUCGCACAGAGGAGCUGAGGAUCGACUGCAAAUAUAUGUUUUCAUGGCAACAUAAGGAUUUACUGUUGGAAUAGUACUUUUAUUUUGAAACUAUGACUGAGGCAGUUGAAGCACGGUCGUCGACCACCACCACCAUGGUCAUUGACAGUAAGAGUGGAGACGCUGGGGCACCAUCUGUACGAACCUCCAAGAAAACUUUCAUGGAUGACCUCCACGCUACUUUCAGCUCCCCGCUGGCCUGGAUCUUAGUGCUGGCUCUCAUCAUUACAUGGUCUUGUGUUUUUGUCAUCAUGUUUGAUCUGAUGGACUACAAGACCAUUUCAGGUCGCCCACCUCCUCCCGUCAGGAAAAUUUUAAAGGAUUCAGGGCGUAGAGGAGGCCUCAGCAAGAUCGGAUCAGACCCCAUGAAGGCGGUGAAUGAUGCCAUGGAGGAGUCGGCGAACGUGGUCAGUGUAAUGUUAAAAUUUGCUGCCAGCCUGAUCGCUCCUGAAGAAGAUGAAGGAAAUCUAUACGCAGUGAGAAAAAAAGGAGAAUUUCUACCGUCUCGAAGUAAAGUUAUAGGGAUGCAAGCAAAGCAGACGCCACCAGUGGUUGAAGUUGUGGAGGAGGAAGAGGAGGAGGAAGAGGAGGAGGAAGAAGCAGAGGCUGCUGGGGAGGAGGAGGAAGAGUAUGCAGAAGAGGAGUAUGAGGAGGAGGAGUAUGAGGAGGAGGAGUAUGAGGAGUAUGAGGAGGAGGAGGAAGAGUACGAGGAGGAGGAGGAGGAGGAGGAAGAGUACGAGGAGGAGGAGGAGGAGGAGGAGGAGGAGGGAGAGUAUGAGGAGGAGGAAGAGUAUGAGGAGGAGGAAGAAGAGUACGAGGAGGAGGAGGAGGGAGAGUAUGAGGAGGAGGAAGGAGUGGAAGAGGAAGAAGAGGGAGUGGAGGAGGAGGAAGCCGAAGAAGAGGAGGACGUAGGAGGAGUUGAAGAUGAGGAGGAGGAGGAGGAGGGAGAGGAAGAAGAGGAGGAGGAGGAGGAGGGGGCCGAUGUUGUGGAGGAGGAGGAGGAGGAGGAAGGAGCAGAAGAGGAGGAGGAGGAGGAGGAGGAGGUAGCUGCUGAGGUGGAGCAAGAUGAUGAAGACGAGGAAGAUGAGAAGGAACCUGAAGCAGCUGCACCAGAGACUGAUGAUGAUGAUGAUGAAGAUGAUGAAGGUGAAUUGAAAGAGGAGGCAGCAGAAGAAGAGGAGGACAGAGACGAUGAAGAUGAUGAGGCAGAGGACGAGAAGGAAGAUGCUGCUGAUGAAGAUGAAGAUGAGGACGAAGAAGUUUCUCCUGAACCUGUUUCCACUUCUGAGGACGAAGGGUCGGCCGUGUCUCCUGACUCUGACUCUGACGUACCCGCUGAUGUCAAAGACAGCGACGAAGACGCAACUCUCCCUGACGAAGAUGAUGAAAAAGAUGAAGAAGAACAUGACGAAGACGAUGCCAGUGAUGAUGAGUUCACUGACACCUCGGACGUCAGCGAAUCAGCACCUCUUUCCAGUGAUGAGGAUGAAGAACAAGACGAUGACGACGACGACGACGAAGGUUUCGCAACAACUGACAGUGAUGAUGUCGUUGCAGAAGACAGCGACGACCUGGAGCUCGAUCUUCCUCCUGUCGCCGCUUCCAGUGAGGAUGACGAAGAUGAAGAUAUUGACGACGAUAAAGUGGCAGAAGAGGAGGAGCUUCCUCCUCUGCCUGCUGUCGAAGACGACGACGAAGACCUGGAAGAAGACGUCAACGUUGCUGAAGACGCCGAUGAUGAUGAUGAUCUGGACCUAUCAGAUGAGGACAUCUCUGUUGCCUCCUCUGAGCACUUUGCAGAUGAUGAAGAUGAUGAAGACGACAGUGACCUCGACAAAGACGUCCACCUCGACCUUGAUGUUGAAGACAAACCUGAUGAUGUCAUUGAAGAGGAGAUCGAUGAUGAUGAUGAUAAAGAGGAAGAGGAGGAGGACGUCCCUACUUUGGAGAGCACAGACAGCGGAGUCUUGGGUGACGACGACGAUGACGACAUAAAAACGGGUGAAGAAUCUGUUGGAGAAACCGUCUUCAGUGAUGACGUCUCCUACGACACGACUGAUGACGACGACGAAGAUAUUGAUACCAGCUCUUUUGAGUUCACUUUAGAUCAAGACGACAAAGACGAGGUCAAAGAAACAUUUGUUGAUGCUGAAAAAGACGAAGACGAACUUCAAGAUGAAAUCACAUCUGAGUCCUUAGCUGAUGAGGAAGAAGAUGAUGAUGAUGAUGAUGAAGAUAAGGAGGAUGAUGAUGACGUUGAUGACGUCUUGCUCGCAGCCACCACUGCAGCAGCGUUCACUGUCCAGGAGGAGGCAGUAAAGGCUGAGGCAGACGACGACGACGACGAUGAGGAGGAGGAGGAGGAGAUCAGUCAGGCUGAUGAUGAAGAUAAGACUGAGGAGGCUGAAACAGAGGAGACUGUUUCCAGUCGGCCUGCUGCUCUUGAGGAGGAGGAUGAAGGAGAAGAUGAAGAGCCGGUGGCUGAAACACAGAAAUCUGUAGAUGAACCAGAGGAUAAAAAAGAGGAGUACGACGAAGACGACGAUGAAGAGAAGGCGACAGUGGACGUCAUCAAGCCUUUGCCUGAACCUGAGGAGGAAGCAGUGAAGUCUGAACCCACAGCUUGUCUCUGUGUGGACGCUGCUCAGACCAAAGAGUCUGACACCAAGACCACAGAGAAAAGAGAGGCUCCCAGGAGGGUUUCAGCUCUGAGGAGGAGAAAAGAUAAAGAGCGUGCAGCUGUGAAGACAGAGCCAAAAAGGAAAGCUCUUCCCAGAAUUGCAGCACUAGAGCCAAAAAUCAGGAGGAUAAGGAGAAGCCCUGCUCUUCUUAGAGCCAAGAGAGAGGCGAAGGCCAAGGCUUCCAAACCAGAGACAGUGACUAAAAAACAAGAGGAGGGCCCAGAAUCUGGACAAGAAGUUGGUCCUUGCAGACCUGCACCGGUCUACUGCCCAUCUCCACCUGGCUGGUACGUUCAUCACAUCGUCACAGACAACCCGUACCCUCCUCCAACUGUGUCAGCUCCGUCUGCUCCUGUUCUGACCGCCCAUCCCGUCCACCCUGGAGCUCCACCGAUGCAGCCUCUUUACCAACAGCAACCACCUCCGCCGAUGCAGCCGCUCUACGCACAAUAUCAACCAUAUCAGCCGCCACCACUGCAGCCGGUGAUGCAGCCUCAACCAGAACCAGCUCAGCCAGCUGAACCGGUUCAGCCUGCGCAGCCAGAAGCCCCAGAACAAGAGGCCCCUGUUCAGCCUGAGGUCCAGACUCCAGCUGCUGAAGCUCAGCCAGCUGCAGCUCUGGUCCAGGAACCAGAGACUGUUGAGGAAGAAGUGAAGGCUGCCUCCACUAAGAAAGCUGCAAAGACGAAAACCAAGGCUGCUGAUUCAGACAAAGAGGCAGAGGCAGCGGCCAAAGAGAAAACAAAGAAAGACGCUGCUGUUUCAAAAGACAAAACCAAAGCAACCGCAGCAAAGAAAGUGCCAGUUGCGAAGAAAGAGAAAACCAAAACUCCUACAGUGGCUAAGAAAGAGCCAGCUGUAAAAAAGAAAACCCAAACUGCCGCAGCUGCCAAGAAAGAGCCUGCAGCUGCACAACAGAAGAGGAAAUCAGAGACAGAAGCAUCAGCUGUCAGGAGCAAAGCCAAGGCAUCUGCAGCAAAGAAAGACAGAGAUGCAGAACCACGUCCACAGCCGAUCAGACUGAGGCCGAGACUAGAAGCUGUCAAGAGGGCGAACGUAACCUCUCAGGCCAAAGAGGAGAAACCAGCCAAGACAAGAUCAAAAUUAGAGGCAGAGAAGAAAAGCAAAGCUGAAAAGGCUGAAAAGAAAUCUGUCAAAGAGGCUCAAGAUAAAGACAAACAACCACCACAAACUAAAGAGUCUCAAACUGAAGACAAUACUACAGAAAAGAAGAAACCAGGCCAGAGAUACUUCCAGUGCGUCUAUGUCCCUGGUAAAAAUGCACAGUACCCUUUACGACCUUUCACCCCGGCUAUGUCCCCCACCAUGAUGUCCCCUGCACUCAGGUCGAUGUUGGAGCAGCGAGCAGCCAGGGCGGCGGGGCAAUAAACCAACCUGACCUCUCUCACUUCAUAUCUGAUGGCAGUGCACUCUCAGUCCAGCAGGGGGAGGUGUUGGAACUCUGAGGACAGCCACAGACACACUGAACUGUUUUGUCUUUAAUUUAUUUAUGUAUUUAUUUUCUCUCCUGGUGGUCGAGCUCCUGGGAUUUCUGUUGAUAUUUUCCCCUCAGUUGAUGCUUCGCUGUGUUUGGCUUCAUUAGCUGUCACUUCCAUACCUUGCUUGUAGAUUUAACAUCACCAGUAUCCAAACAAGGAAGCAUUUAUGUGAAUAUUCUUAGCUCAAAAUAAUGUACAUAAUACAUAUAUUUAUAAAUAAGGCUGAGAUUAAAAUUCACACCUUAGCGUGUCAUUUUUUGUUUUUGUUUUUUCUGUCCACUCCAUCACAGAGGAGUCAGUUUACAGCAGAUUCCUUUUUUAGGUUUUGAAAGAUUUUUUUAAGCCACAGAUCACUUGGAAUAGGAUCAAAUAAUUUCAUAUCUUCAUAUCUCGCAUUGAAGUAUUAAUGGAAAAAUUUAUUAAGAAAUUUCUAAGUAAUUUCCACACAAACCACUUUUAACUUCAUUAUAUAAAAGAGCACUGAAGUUGCAACUUGCAUUUUCUUUUACUUCCACUUUUUUAAAUCACCCUCAGAUUCAGCCGUGUCGCAGCCUUAGCUUUCCCAGUCUGUGUUUGAUUUUGCUGCUUAGCAUGCGAAUGUUGGAGGGUCAAAUCCCAGGAGCUCCCACAGUUGAUCCCAGCAGCCUCCCUGUCUCUGAUCAUGAGUGUGAACAUCCAUCAGUCUCAUCAACAUGUAAGUGCAUGCUGAUGAGCGAGGAGACAUGUUCCUUGACCUAAUAUGUAUGAGGCAGAAGCUCAUUAACUGCAGCUGCAUUAAACUGCCUGCCACGCUACCCAGCUCACCCACACCUGCGUCAUUCACUGUAACAUAAAGAGACUUCAUUUUUCUUAGUUUAAAGAUACUUGACUCCAGUUAAACGUGGUAUAAUAUCCCAGAUACUGAUUCAUGAGAAAUGAAAGGCAGCAGAAAAGAAAAAUGUGUGGAUACAGAUAUUUCUUAUUUAAGUCUGUGUUGUAGGAUGUAAAUAUUAGGGAAGAUAUGAAAAACAGAAUGUUUAUCAGAUAUAUAUUUUAAUGUCAGGUGUAAAUAUAGCGACCUGAAGCAGCGUCUCAUCUAUGGACUGAUAUCUGUAAUAUCAGCAUUGACUCACACUGACAUUUAAAGAGUUUAUCAUCUGUUGCUGCCGUAUUAGAUGCAAUAACUUUAGAACGUUUUUCUAUAAACUUUAAAAGUUAUGGAAGCCAAAGAUUGCAACAAAGUGGAUUUAUAUUUUUAUAGAUUUUAUCUUAAAAAAAUGAAGUAAUUAAUUGUGUAUUUUAACAGAUAUGAUCUCAGAACUCUUACAGUGUUACUGUCAUAGACACAAAUAUCUGCUGUUUUUCCGUUACAUGUUCAGAGACAGGGAAUCUGUGCAGGACAACUUUGAUGUGACCAACUCAUGAGACGCUGUGAUGUCUGCUACGUUAGUGUCAUGUUGAUCAUCAGCUGAUUUAUUAAGCCUGAAACGUCAUAUUUCCAGUUACCUCACUCGUUCAUAGCUCUGGUUUUGUACCUUUAGCACCAAGGCUGCUUUGUUGCUGCUACAAAACUGUGGCUGAACGUUACCAGCAGUUUGCUAUUGUUGUCUUACUGAAUGAAAACCUGAUAUGGAUAAGAACCAAAAGGGGUUUUCACACUGGGCUUAAACCUGGGACAAGAACAGUCCAUAACAUCCACAGUUACUGUUUCUCAGUCUGUGAUCUCUCACUACCAGGUGUCCAUCUACACUUAAAGUAAAUCACUGGUGUGAAUCGAGACUUGAACUUAUCAAAUCUCAGCUAGCUGUUUGCUGUUAGCAUCCUAAACACGGGCUCUGAUUUUCAAGUGAAUAUUUAACCCAAGGCUUGAUGUAAACUCUGGAGUUAAUAAGUUCACAAGCAUGAAAUGAGAUCAGGCCUUUAAGUUUGUGUCGCCCUGCAGGGUUUAGGUUAGCAAGCCUGAGAAAUGUUAAGUAUGAAGAAGACCCUUCAUGUUUCAUGGUCAAAUGAGAUCUGACAAUCAUUUACAGUAGCAGCUUACUGAGUGCUUGUGGUUGUUGGAAUGGCCUUUAAAACACACUUUGAACUGUGUUUUAAAAUGUGGUGUUUAAGCUCGUAGAUGGAUUGUUUUUUAAUGAAUCAUAUUCCAGCAGGGAGAUAGGGCAGCAGCCUGGUUGUGGCUCUUUGUUGUCUGGAUGCCCUAAAAAUGUAAGAUAGCAACAGGCAGUAAUUACACCAUACAGCUGCAGCCAUGUGCUGUAAUUAUGGUUUUAAGUAUUCAAACAUGGGUUAAACUAGGCUAAACUAUGUUUUUAUACAGUAAAACAAACUAUAUAAUUUCACUAUGGUGCAUGCCCCAGGCUUCAUAGUCUUCAUAAAUAUUCAUGUGAGUCUAACCUUGACUACAUCCGUGAUUGUGUGGUUUAAAUACAUGUAUUUGGAUGUUGCUGUUCAGAGCAGAGAUUUUCCUCUGCAUGUCUGUGACAUACUGCAGCACUUCUGAAAGGUACAGUGUGAUUGCACGAAGCAAAGAAUUUACUUGAAUGUCAUGCUGUCUUUUCCUUUAUUCUUUUAUUAUUUGGUCAGUAGUUUCUCUGAAACCACAGUCACAAAAAGACCAUGUUCUGUUUGCAUUUGUUUAUCUACAUCUGAGCAAAAAGAUCUUGGGCUGGGUUUCCUGUAGACAUUUUUGUGGGUCAGUGACAGGGAUUUUUUUAUUUUCUCUUAUAAUGUAACACUUUAUUCAGGAUGAUAAUGCUGUUUAAUGCUCUAAAAUCACUACUUUGAACAGCCUCUUACAAUCCACUUGACCAACCAACACUGUAAUUGUUGGAGCAACAAACAAAAUUCAAUGAUUCAUCGAACAGGGUGAUAAAUGAAAGAUUUACAGAGCUUCUCUGUGUGACACAGUGCUAUAAACCGUUACACAGUCAAAUUCUUUAUUUUGAAUAACUUAAAUGACCAUAUCCGACCUUGGAUACAACCUUAGGUUUACGCACCAAAACUACUUAGCUAGAUUUAGGAAAAGAUCAUAGUUUGGGUUAAAACAAGUACUUCCUUAAGGUUAGAGGACCUUCGUCGUCAUGGUUACAAUUAUAGACGUGGUUAAGGUUGUGGGACGGUCAUAGAUAAAAGAAACAACUCUGAGAGGCAAAUGGGAGGAUAGUCUCAUUAUUUGGCAAGAAAGUGGAUUGAGAGCGUCGGUCCCAGAAUGAUGAACUACUCCUUUUACGUCAUUGCGAUGCCACACACACAGAACCAGAUGCGAUAUCUGUGUAAUUGCUCUUUUGAGGUCAGUUUCGAAGCACAAGCUGUUCAGACUGUUCAACUUUGUGUGAACAGCCAAACAAAAAUCUAAUACAUAAAGACAGACUUAAGCAUGAAGGUUUGCAGUGAAAGUAGUGGCUGAGUGCAACAUGCCAUUUAAAGUGGUUAACAGACUCAAAACAAUGAAAACGUUCAACUCAACUUACUGUGCUUGCUGCAUUAAUUCAAGGCUGCAAGUGUAAAGAGUGAAACCUACAGUACAUAUCAGUCAGUGUAUACCUUUGACAGGAAUUUGUAAAGAGAGAAUGUCUCUUUAAACCCUGUGUUCACUUCACAUGUUCUCAUGUUUACCUAUCAAACAGUACCAUAGCUAUUGUUUUUGUGAAUGAAUUCAAUUACCACUAGUAUGGAAGUUAGAGUAACAGAGGGAAGAUGAUGACUGUUGUAAUUGUGGCAGUAUGAGUGGAUUCAUUGCUGAAGGUGAGGGCUGCAAUAAUGUUGUUUUUGAAGCAAAUUUAUCCACUGAACAAAUACAGUUUGAGGUUGUUUAGUUAUUUUAGAAGGAUCACUUAUCUUGUUAAUGAUUUCUUAUGUAAUAUGCAUGAUGGUGGAAUUUAAACACAGACAGCAACAGUUUUAGUGUAAAAUACACAUCAACCACAAGUCAGUCAGACACUGUAUAAAGACUGUAGAUAAUACUUUGUUUUAUUUGUUGCCAUCUGGACACUGUUCACUUCAUUGUGUCUCACACUGAAAGACAUAAACGAAUUCAUUCACUGGUUUGCCCAAAAGAAAAAAACAUUUUGUGUGUGUUGUUUUAAUUCAGCAUCAUCAGACUGUAAUGCAGUUAUUUCAACUCUGUUUCAUAAACUACCUGUUGCAUGUAUUAUAAAGCAGACAUCUGUAAUGUAAUCAUGUGGGAAGGCAGGCCUGACUCAGUCAUAUUUUAGCAGCCAAUUCAAUUUCAUAAGUGACUGAUAAGCCUGUGGAAAUGGCGUUUGAUGGGCGCUUCUGAGAAUGUCUGCUGUGCAAUAUGUAGAAUCACCAUGCAGUUUUUUGAGUCAUAAUUUGAAUAAAUAUUUGCAGAUA